AUGCCUUUUCUUACAGAAAAAGGUCGGCUGUUUAUUGUCAUGGAAUAUUGUGAUGGAGGGGAUCUCAUGAGAAGGAUCAGCAGACAGCGGGGAGUGUUAUUUAGUGAAGAUCAGAACUACAAUAGGAGUUUCGUUUCCCACCGGCGUCUCCACCUCGCGGGAGCAGCCCGGGCCACUGGCGGCGCUUCAGCACGCGCGGCUCAAUGGCUCGGGGCCCAGCAGCCCGACGCCCUCAACGCCCUCGAUGCCCUCGACGCCCUCGACGCCCUCGACGCCCUCACGGCAGCGGCCACUGCGCAGGCCGCCGCGGUCGCCGAGGUGACCCAGGUGCUGUGCGCUGCCGGGGGCACCUUGGAGCAGACAGAGCUGAGAUGCCGCUUGCGCCUGGACGCCAACGCCCUGGAGCGGCUGCUGCGGGUGCCUGGGCGCUUCACGGUGUUGGUGCGGCCGGUGCAGACGGCGGGGCGGCGGCAGCUGAGCCAGUGGCGCUGUCAGUGUCCCCAGGUGUAUGAAGGGUAUUACCAGAGAGCUCUGUUCAGUGUUGCAAGUCUGGGACCAAGUUCAUUCCAUUCUUUCCUCACAAUGGUCUCAGGACCACCAGAAUCUGUGGUUGCCAUGGACAUGGAAUUUUUGUUCCUUCAUUGGCAUGUUCGCAGCCAAAGGCAUAGGACAUGGUGGGAUGAUAAUCCAUUGACAGACAUUUUGGUGGUCCCUAGCCAGAAUGUCAAUAAUAGCCCAAACCAGGGUACACUGGACUCUGUCACUGUGGAAGACCCUAAUGAAUGCUCAAACCCAAAUGAGACAACAUCCAUUACUUUUGUGGAAUCCAUCAAUGAAAACUUACAAUCAGAAGACUCAAAAUCCAUUACCGAUGUGGAAUCCAUCAAUGACAAUCCAUCCUCUAAUGACUUGAUGCCAGUAGCCUCUGAUGGAGUCACUAAUGAAACCACCACGGUAUAUGAAUUCACGUCAACUUCCUGGGAAGGAGCUAUCAGUGAAAUACUAAAUACAGAAGAAUGGGCAUCAGACACUCAUGAGGAGGUACCCAGUACCAUACUAAAUACAGAAGAAUGGGCAUCAGACACUCAUGAGGAGGUACCCAGUACCAUCAGCAGGAUAAAGAACAUUGCUCGCUUAAUUGUAUCAGCCUUUGCAUUCAGAGUAUUUGGAAUUCUACUCAUAUUUGUGGAUAUAUUUCUCAUCAUGUCAGAUGUACUUUUCCAUGAAAACAUAAUGGUUUUGGAAUUUCGUUCAACUUCUUUGGCUAUUGCACUCUUUUUUUUCUUUGAUGUUUUACUCAGCGUAUAUGUUGAGGGGAGGAAGCAAUAUUUUUCUGAUCGAUUUAACACCUUAGAUGCUGUCAUUAUUGCAAUAACUCUCGUGAUUGAUACCAUUUACUUCUUUUUUGACCUAAGAAUUCUGAAAGACAUACCAAGGCUGGCUGUUCUGCUUCGACCUCUACGCCUUGUAAUUUUGAUAAGAGUUUUCCAUCUGGCUUACCAAAAAAGACAACUUGAAAAGCUGACCAGAAGAUUGGUUUCAGGAAACAAAAGGCGAUACAACAGAGAUGGAUUUGACCUAGAUCUCACUUACGUAACUGAUCGCAUAAUCGCCAUGUCAUUUCCAUCUUCUGGCAAACAGUCUUUCUACAGGAAUCCAAUUAAGGAAGUUGUGAGGUUCCUGGAUACCAAACAUCCAAACCACUACCGUGUCUACAAUCUAUGCAGUGAAAAAGCUUACGAUCCUGAACAUUUUCAUAACAGAGUCCAAAGAAUCAUGAUUGAUGAUCAUAAUGUCCCUACUCUCAGUGAGAUGGUGGUGUUUGCCAAAGAAGUAAAUAUGUGGCUGGCUCAAGACAAGGAAAAUGUCGUAGUGAUUCACUGCAAAGGCGGCAAAGGGAGAACUGGGACCAUGGUCUGUGUUUGCCUCAUUGCUAAUCAGCUCUUUGGUACUGCAGAGGAUAGUCUUUCAUUCUUCGGACAUCGACGAACAGAUCAAACCACCAGCACCAAAUAUCAUGGAGUGGAAACUCCCUCUCAACAUAGAUAUGUAGGCUACUUUGAAAAGGUGAAGCGUCUCCACCACUGGACUCUCCCACCCAGAAAAAUCCUCCGGCCAAACAAAAUCAUCAUUCAUUCAAUUCAUAGUGUUGGGAAAGGUGAUGGAAGUGACCUAAAAAUUCAAAUUAUAACAAUGCAGCAGACAGUCUUUUCAUGUUCAUCUUCUAAAAACUGUAAGAUAUUUCAUGAUAUCGAAACUGACAGAGUCAUUAUUGAAUUGUUGAACUGUCCCAUCUUAUAUGACGACGUUAAAGUCAGAUUUCUCUCUCGGAAUCUCCCCAAAUAUUAUGACAAAUGUGCAUUCUUCUUCUGGUUCAAUACAGCUUUCAUAGAAAACAACAGGCUGUAUCUAAGACGAAAUGAGUUGGACAACCCACACAAACGAAAAGCCUGGAACAUAUAUGGUCCACAAUUUGCAGUUGAGAUUUAUUUCAAUACUACAUGAGCCCUGCGCAGACCAGCUUCAUCCAUGCCUGAGGAAUUCUGUAAAGAAGACAGCCCUGUGGCCACAGGGAGUCACGUUUUCUUGACUACUGUUACUUUAAGUACUUUUAUUAAAAUUCACUUUUAUUAAAAGUUUUUGAGAUGACAUUUUUAAUUUAUAUUACAGUCAAAGGUUUAACAUUCUACUGAAUAAAAUAGUUUAAAAAAAAUAGAAAGACCAUAGUGCAGCAGAAAAAUAGGCAAGGUCUAUAAUCAAUAACCAAGUGAAAAGAUGUCCAACGUCACUCAUAUAAAGCAAAUUUAAAAAGUCACAGAAGCAUUAAUACUAUCGGAGCAUAUAAUUCUUAUCAAUCUUUUGGUCACGUUUAAUAGGAACUUUAACAAAACACUGUAUUUGCAACUGAACUGAUGCACACAGGUAUAUUUUUUUUAAUCCUGUCCAUUUCCCUUUCCUUUCCUUCCUCCUCUAUGUUUUUCUUUUUUUAACUUUAGCUCCCAUGUAUAAGGGCAAACGGGAUAUUAUCUUUCUAUGUCCAGCUGAUUUUGAUGUCUUUCGAUGUCUUUCAGUUCAAUCCAUUUUGCAGCAAAUGAUAGAAUUUCAUUUUUUAUAGAUGAAUAAUAUUCCAUUGUGGGUAUAUGCAUGUGUGUUUAUCACAUUUUCUAUAUCCAGUCACCUAAUACUGGAAACCUUGGUUGACUGCAUAUUAUGGCUACUGUGAACAGUGCUGCCAUAAAUAUGGUGGAACAUGUAUGUCUGAUAAAAUGUUUUUGAGGUAUAUAUCCAGGAGUGGGAUUGCUGGUUCCUAGGGCAAGUCUAUAUCUAGUUUCUAAGGAAACCUUCAUACAUUUUCCACAGUGGCUGCACUAAUCACAUUCUUACCAACAGUGUAAAAAAUUCCCCUCUGUCAACAUCACCAACAUUGUUGUUUUCUUUCUUUUGGAUAACAACCAUUAUGAAAGAGCUGAGGUGAUGUCUCAUUGUGGUGCUGAUUUGCAUUUCCCUAAUGACUAGUAAUGUUGAGCGUUUUUUCAUUUAUUUGUUGGCCAUUUGUACUUUUUUAAAAAAAUGUUUAUUCAAAUCCUCUGCCCAUUUCUUCAAUGAAUUGGUUGUUUUCUUAUUGUUGAGUUUUUAGAGUUGCUGAUCUAUUUUAGAUACUAGCCUUGUUGGAUAAGUAGCUUAGAAAUAUUUCCUCCCCGUCUUUUGGAUGUCUCUUUACUUUGUUGUUUCCUUUGCUGGGCAGAAGCUUCUGAGUUUGAUAUAAGCCCAUUUACUUUUGCUUCUGUUGCCUGCAUUUCAGGUCUUACUCAAGAAGUUGUCACCUACUCCAUUACCUUGAAGCAUUUCCCUUGUUUUCUUGUAACAAUUUCAUAGUCUUAGGUCUUAAAUUUAAGUCUUCAAUCCAACUGAGUUGAGUUUUGUAUCUGGCAACAGACAAGAACCUAACUUUAUUCUAUAUCCAAUUUUGCCAUUACCAUUUAUUGAAAAGACUAUCCUUUCUAUAAUGUUAUAUUCUGGUGUGGGCAUUUUUGUCAAAAAUCAGCUGGCUGUAUUCAUGGGGAUUAAAUUCUGGUCUCUCUAUUAUGUUUCAGUGAUCUAUGUGCCUGUUUUUAUGCCAGUAGCAUGCUGCUUUUAUUACUGUAGCUUUGUAGUAUGCUUUGAAAAAGUCAGAUACUGUGAUGCCUGCAACUUAAUUUUUUUCCCUCAAAUGCUUUGUCUAUUCUGGGACUUUUGUAAA